AUGUACGGGAAUUACCCUCACUUCAUGAAGUUCCCCACCAGCUUCGGCGGCUCCCCCGGCCACUCCGGCUCCACGUCCAUGAGCCCGUCGGCAGCCUUGUCCACAGGGAAGCCCAUGGACAGCCACCCCAGCUACACGGACACCCCUGUGAGUGCUCCGCGGACUCUGAGUGCGGUGGGGGCCCCCCUCAAUGCCCUGGGCUCUCCGUACCGCGUCAUCACGUCUGCCAUGGGGCCGCCCUCGGGAGCGCUGGCAGCCCCUCCAGGAAUCAACCUGGUCGCCCCGCCCAGCUCCCAGCUCAAUGUGGUCAGCGGGGUCAGCCUUUCCGAGGACGUGAAGCCGCUGGCCGGGCUCCCCGGGCUCGGGACCAUGAACUACCCGUCGGCCAGCCCCGGGCCGCUGGUCAAGCACAUCUGCGCCAUCUGCGGGGACCGGUCCUCAGGCAAGCACUACGGCGUGUACAGCUGCGAGGGCUGCAAAGGCUUCUUCAAGCGCACGAUCCGCAAGGACCUGCUGUACACGUGCCGGGACAACAAGGACUGCCUCAUCGACAAGCGCCAGCGCAACCGCUGCCAGUACUGCCGCUACCAGAAGUGCCUGGUCAUGGGCAUGAAGCGGGAAGCCGUGCAGGAGGAGAGGCAGAGGAGCCGGGAGCGGGCGGAGAGCGAGGCGGAGUGCGCGGGCGGCGCCCAGGAAGGCAUGCCGGUGGAGCGGAUCCUGGAGGCCGAGCUGGCCGUGGAGCCGAAGACGGAGGCCUACGGAGACCUGAGCAUGGAGAGCUCGACCAACGACCCGGUCACCAACAUCUGCCACGCGGCCGACAAGCAGCUGUUCACCCUGGUGGAAUGGGCCAAGCGCAUCCCCCACUUCGCGGGCCUCACGCUGGAGGACCAGGUCAUCCUGCUCCGUGCAGGGUGGAACGAGCUUCUGAUCGCCUCCUUCUCGCACCGCUCGGUCUCCGUGCAGGACGGCAUCCUCCUGGCCACCGGGCUGCACGUGCACCGGAGCAGCGCCCACAGCGCCGGCGUGGGCUCCAUCUUCGACAGAGUCCUGACCGAGCUGGUCUCCAAAAUGAAAGACAUGCAGAUGGACAAGUCGGAGCUGGGCUGCCUGCGCGCCAUCGUGCUGUUCAACCCAGAUGCCAAGGGUCUGUCCAACCCCUCUGAGGUGGAGAGCCUCCGGGAGAAGGUCUACGCCACCCUCGAGGCCUACACCAAGCAGAAGUACCCGGACCAGCCAGGCAGGUUCGCCAAGCUGCUGCUGCGCCUGCCCGCCCUGCGCUCCAUCGGCCUCAAGUGCCUGGAGCACCUCUUCUUCUUCAAGCUCAUCGGGGACACACCCAUCGACACCUUCCUCAUGGAGAUGCUGGAGACCCCGCUGCAGGUCACCUGA